AUGUUAACUAGAAGCACAAUAAGAGUUUUACCAAGAGUUUCAUUCCGUACAUUUUCUACUACUUCUAUAUUAAGAGAAUCUGAACUUACUACUGCUGUUGACUCCAGUGGAAAAGAAAUCGUUUCAGGUGCUCCAAGGGAACUUGUAACUAGCAGAAUUGUUAGAAUUUAUCAAGAAGCUAAACCAGCUACUCAAUCAGGACAUCACAAUGGAGACCAUUGGAAAUUGGAUUGGGAUGUUUUAGGAAAAGGUAAUAGAUGGGAAAAUGAUUUAAUGGGUUAUCAAGGAUCUGCUGAUUAUAUGCAAGGUACUAUAAUGAAAUUUGAUACUAAAGAAGCUGCCAUCAGAUUUGCAGAAAACCAAGGUUGGGAUCAUUAUGUUCAAGAACCAAAAAAGAGACAUUUCAGAAAGAAAGAUUAUUCUGCAAACUUCUAUCACUCUGCUGGUCCAUUGAAGCAUAUUAGAACUAAAUAA